AUGACUAGCAUCAAAAUUCCAUUCGAGAAUCUCGGCAAAAAUUCCUAUAAAGACUCUUAUAGAAGGCCACAAUCAGCGCGCAACUACUCAGAAUCUCGCAAAAACCCUAUUUUACAGUUAGAUGAUUUCACUACAACUCCCAAAUCAAUGAGGGCAAAAGUCCCUGGAUAUAUGGACUCAAGUCGAUGGCUGAAUGAAAGACCAAAAGGAAAAGGAUUAGUUAGAUCUACUACAGGCAGCUCAUAUAAUUUUAUAAGUUCGCAAGAUCUUAUUAACUUUAAGCCGACCAAGCGAAUUUUCGCUCAAGGAAGAGCAUUUCCUAUACCUGAGAGGGCUUGCAUUCGCUUAAAACCUGCUGCUCCUGUAAAGAAUCCAGUUUUACAGACUGACCAAUGUUUUGGAAAUAAAGAAAAACCUUGCAUUAGGAUUAUUGACCCAAGACCAUCGUUUAUAACUGAGUAUUUCAAUUGAAUAAGGCAAUUUAUACAUAUUUUAUUUAUAAAUAGUAUAUUUAUCUAUAUAAAAAAUAAUUUAAUUAAAUUAAAAUGCUUUUCUCGCCAUAAGCAGGCAAAUCCUCUAGCCUUUCCCCAUCUUGGCUCCAAAUGUCGUCAUUUUGGAUUUCCGAUCUGAAGAAGCUGUUCCAAGGGAUCAGCUUACCAGAUCAGAGUCACCAUCUGUAGAGAAGACCAUAAGGUGGAUAAAGACUGUCUAGCAAAUCUUGCAGGGCUUCGAGUUAAGCAAAAAAUUUCCCUCUUCAGCAAGGGCCCAAGCCUGAAGGCCUACUUCAAAAGGGAUAGAGGCCCUGCUUUCAGCUUCAUCAGUAGGGAGUGCACCUCAGAGUCCAAUUUUCGUCAACUUCAACAUCUUAUUUCUCCUAUAUAAUAAGGGCUUAUCCAUUUUUUAACUAGAAAAUUUUUAUUUAUCCUAUUUCAAUAUGAGAAAUUCUCUUCCUUCCUCAGAGCUUGGAUUUAAGAAAAAUUUAUUGUAAUUUUUAUGCAGCGCUGAGCAAAAUAAAAGCCGAGUUUUUGACCAAGCUGGAGUUUGUGACCCAUUCGAUUCGCAUAGAAAAACAAUUGACCAUAGGCAAAGUUCAGUUUCUGAUUUACUCUCAUAUAAAUAUGCAUUGCCAUAUAGAGAAAAUAAAAUAACAGAGAAAAUAUAA